AUGAGUAGAAAUCGUAUCGAAAAAUUUUCUCACCACUCAUUAGUACACUGUAUUUUUAUUGUUUUAGUAUUAUUGGCUAUUGGCAGAACAGCUAAUAUUGCUGGUCUUGGUCUUGAAAAAAUUGGUGUACAUGUUGUUAAUGGAAAAAUUCUUGUUGAUGAGCAAGAACAAACUAGUUUACCGCAUAUCUAUGCAUUGGGUGAUGUAGCAACUGGUGUUAUUCAACAUGGUAAAGAUCUGUCACAUCAGGCGCGAGUCACUAUUGAAAGACCUGAAUUAACACCUGUUGCUAUUCAAGCUGGACAAUAUUUAGCACGACGUCUAUGGAAUGUAUCAAAUCAAUUAAUGAAUUAUCGUGGUAUACCAUCAACUGUAUUUACAAGUCCAUCUGAAUAUAGUUUUGUUGGUCUUCAUGAAGAACAAGCAAUGCGAUCACGUGAAGAUGGAGGUAUUGGUGCAAAAAAUGUUCGUAUUUAUUGGUCACGAUUUGGUAAUAUUGAAAUAUCUCCAAUACAUCCACAUUUAAAAAAACCACGAAGCGAAUGUUUCAUAGGAAAAAAUUCUUGGUCACAACAAUAUGCAUUAAAAAAUAACGUUGAUUGGCCUGAGGUAACAUACGAUUUAGAAAAUACAAAUUUUGUUUUAUUUAAUGAUGAUAUUGGUGGUCAAAAACAUACAGUUGCACGUAUAAUGAAUAAAUAUCGUAAUGAAAAAGCAAAUAAUAAAAUAACAUAUGAUAUUGAAAUUCAAAAUGAAGAAAAAACAAUUAUUCAAGGUGUUACUGGUGAACAAUUACAAUUACAAGAAGAAAAAGAAUUAGAAAAAGCUGAAGUAUUUUAUAAAGCAAAUUGUUUGGCUAAAUUAAUAUGUGAUAAAAGUCAAAAUGAUCGUGUAGUUGGUCUUCAUUUUAUGGGACCAAAUGCUGGUGAAGUUGUACAAGGUUUUGCAUUAGCUAUUAUGAUGGGCGCAACAAAACAACAAUUUGAUGAUCUUGUUGGUAUUCAUCCAACAGCAGCUGAAGAAUUUACUGUGUUAAAUGUAACCAAAGAAUCUGAAGCAACAUUAUUGAAGGCAGCUGGUUGUGGUGGAGGCUCAUGUGGUUAA